AUGUACAACCCAUUUGAGUUUGACCUGGUUGUGAGGAACGGUAUCAUAGUAACAGCUUCUGAUGAAUUUGCUUGUGAUAUCGGUAUCAAAGAUGGUGUCAUUGUCGUACUGGGACAAAGUCUACCUGCCAGUCCGGAUUGUGAACUUAUCGAUGCUGAGGGUGGUUACAUCACUCCUGGAGGUAUCGAUUCCCAUGUGCAUAUCAAUCAACUUGGAUCUCUCGGUGCUCGAAGUUCCGAUACUUGGACUACAGGAACAAGGGGUGCCAUAAGUGGUGGUACGACUACUGUGAUAGCAUUUGCUGUUCAAGCGAAAGGCAAAAAAAUCAUGCCUGCCGUGGAAGAAUAUUAUCAAACAGCUAAAGGAGCUUGUCAUUGUGAUUAUUCAUUCCACAGUAUAAUCACAGAUCCAACCGAAAAUCUAGUCAAAAACGAGAUUCCCAAAAUGGUUGAGUUUGGAAUCACAAGUGUCAAGAUAUAUAUGACAUAUCCACUAUUGAAACUGUCGGAUAAAGAGAUACUUGAUAUUUUAUGCGGAGCACGUCAAGCGGGAGUGACGACCAUGGUUCACGCUGAAAACGCCGAUAUGAUAGAUUGGAUGACGAACAAUCUACUCGAAAGGGGAUUAGUCGAACCAUGGCAUCAUGGUACUUCAAGACCACCGUUGAUCGAAUCAGAAGCUACAAACAGAGCUAUAGCAUUGGCAGAAGUGAUUGAUGCUCCAAUGCUCAUAGUUCAUGUCAGCUCAAAAGAAGCUACUGCACAUAUAAGAAAAGCUCAAACUAGAGGCUUACCAAUUUAUGCGGAAACCUGUCCCCAUUAUGCUCUUCUAACAGCUGACAAAAUGCAUGCACCUGGAUUCGAAGGAGCCAAAUGUGUAUGCGCACCACCAGUAAGAUCGGAUCCAUUGGACAAGGAGUCGAUCUGGGACGGUUUGGGAAAUGGUACUUUUACCGUCUUCUCCUCUGAUCAUGCACCUUACAAUUACUACGAUGCUGAAGGUAAACAAAGGGGAAUGACCAACAAUCCAACCAAGAACCCUCGAGGUAACUUCAAGAACACACCCAAUGGAAUUCCUGGAAUAUGUACGAGAACACCAUUAUUGUGGUCAGAAGGUGUAUUGAAAGGAAGAAUCUCAAGACAGAAAUUCGUAGAGCUUAAUUCUACAAAUGCUGCUAAAUUGUAUGGUAUGUACCCUAAGAAAGGUACAAUUCAACCUGGUUCAGAUGCGGAUUUAGUAAUUUGGAGAACAUCUAAAUCCAGAAGACCGUAUACGAUAACACAAGAUAAAUUGCAUCAUGCGGCUGAUUAUACUCCUUUCGAAGGUAUGGAGAUUGAAGAUUGGCCAAGAACAGUUCUACUUCGUGGUAAAAUAGCAUACGAUGGAGAGACCAAUGAAGUGCUUGCUCCUGCAGGUUCAGGUGAAUUCAUAAAGAGAGGUUUCAGUACUCUGCCGGGACCAAGGGGUAAAUCGGAUGCGUGGAUCAAUGAUUGGAACCCGCAUGAGAUGUAG